UUUCACUUUAUUAAUUACCUUAUAAUACCACAUCCCCUCAAGCCCUCAUCACAUCUUUGUCUCUCAGUUAUUAUCCUACUCAUCUCAUCUUUGUUUGUUUUUGGCUUGCCAUGGCUGGCUUUGGUUCACUUGCAGUUGACGAGAACCGGCCUCCGACACGGCAGUCUUCGGGAAAGGUAUGCAAAGUUUGUGGGGAUAAGAUUGGUCGCGAUGAAGACGGGGAGUUGUUUGUAGCUUGUCACGUUUGUGCCUUCCCGGUUUGCCGGCCAUGUUAUGAGUAUGAAAGGAGUGAAGGAACCCAGUGCUGCCCUCAGUGCAAUACUCGCUACAAGCGUCAAAAAGGUAGUGCAAGAGUUGCAGGUGAUGAUGAAGACAACUAUGACCAAGAUGAUUUUGAUGAUGAAUUUCAGACGAAGAACCGCAAGGAUGACUUGGAUCAGCAUGAAAACGGGGACUAUAAUAAUCAGCAAUGGCAUCCUAAUGGUCAAGCUUUCUCAGUUGCAGGAAGCACUGCUGGUAAGGAUUUUGAAGGGGACAAAGAGAUUUAUGGCAGUGCAGAAUGGAAAGAGAGAGUUGAGAAAUGGAAAGUUAGGCAAGAAAAAAGAGGUUUGGUGGGCAAUUAUGGUGAUGCAGGACAUGAUCAAGCAGAACAAGAAGAAGAAGAAGAUUACCUCAUGGCGGAAGCUCGACAACCCCUCUGGCGAAAAGUUCCGAUUUCCUCGAGCCUGAUCAACCCUUACCGGAUAGUCAUUGUCCUACGUCUCUUCGUCCUCAUCUUUUUCCUCCGGUUUCGUAUUCUAACACCGGCCUACGAUGCUUUUCCCUUAUGGCUUAUCUCUGUUAUAUGUGAAGUAUGGUUUGCUUUCUCCUGGAUACUCGACCAGUUCCCCAAAUGGUUCCCCAUUACUCGUGAAACUUACCUGGAUCGCCUCUCCUUGAGGUUUGAGCGUGAGGGAGAGCCUAAUCAACUAGGUUCAGUCGAUGUCUUCGUGAGUACUGUCGAUCCUCUUAAGGAACCGCCCAUCAUAACAGCAAACACGGUUCUAUCAAUCUUGUCUGUUGAUUAUCCUGUUGAAAAAGUGAGCUGUUAUGUAUCCGAUGAUGGUGCUUCCAUGCUUCUUUUCGACACACUAUCGGAAACUGCGGAGUUUGCCAGGAGGUGGGUACCAUUUUGCAAGAAGCAUAACGUCGAGCCAAGGGCGCCCGAGUUUUAUUUCUCCGAGAAGAUAGAUUACUUGAAAAACAAGGUUCAUCCUAGCUUUGUCAAAGAACGUAGAGCCAUGAAAAGGGAAUAUGAAGAGUUUAAAGUAAGGAUCAAUGCACUAGUGGCAAAAGCUCAGAAGAAACCAGAAGAAGGAUGGGUGAUGCAAGAUGGCACCCCGUGGCCUGGAAAUAACACUCGUGAUCAUCCCGGGAUGAUUCAGGUCUAUCUAGGUAGUGCUGGUGCACUUGAUGUGGAUGGCAAGGAGCUACCUCGGCUUGUUUACGUAUCUCGUGAGAAACGGCCUGGUUAUCAGCACCACAAGAAAGCCGGUGCCAUGAAUGCUCUGGUUCGAGUCUCUGCUGUGCUUACUAAUGCACCCUUCAUAUUGAAUCUGGAUUGUGAUCACUAUAUUAACAACAGCAAGGCUAUAAGGGAAGCAAUGUGCUUUUUAAUGGAUCCCCAGUUUGGAAAGAAACUUUGCUAUGUUCAAUUCCCUCAGAGGUUCGACGGCAUUGAUCGUCAUGAUAGAUAUGCUAAUCGGAAUGUUGUCUUCUUCGAUAUUAACAUGUUAGGCUUAGACGGACUUCAAGGCCCUGUAUAUGUAGGCACAGGGUGUGUCUUCAACAGGCAGGCAUUGUAUGGUUAUGAUCCACCUGUCUCCAAGAAGCGACCAAAGAUGACAUGCGACUGCUGGCCUUCAUGGUGUUGCUGUUGCUGUGGAGGGUCAAGAAAAAAGUCGAAGAAGACAGGAGAGAAAAAGAGUUUCCUCGGACGUCUCCUACACUCCAAGAAGAAGAAAAUGAUGGGAAAGAACUAUGUGAGAAAAGGGUCCGUACCAGUCUUCAAUCUUGAAGAAAUCGAAGAAGGUCUUGAAGGAUAUGAUGAACUAGAGAAAUCAUCACUCAUGUCACAGAAGAAUUUCGAGAAACGAUUUGGGCAAUCACCAGUUCUCAUCACUUCAACUCUGAUGGAAAAUGGUGGCCUUCCUGAAGGCACCAAUACCAAUUCACUCAUUAAGGAGGCCAUUCAUGUAAUCAGCUGUGGCUAUGAAGAGAAAACAGAAUGGGGCAAAGAGAUUGGAUGGAUUUACGGGUCUGUCACGGAAGACAUUUUAACUGGUUUUAAGAUGCACUGUAGAGGAUGGAAAUCUGUUUACUGUGUACCGAAAAGACCGGCAUUCAAAGGGUCGGCGCCAAUCAAUCUAUCAGAUCGUUUGCACCAAGUUUUAAGAUGGGCUCUUGGUUCGGUGGAAAUCUUCCUCAGUCGUCACUGCCCACUUUGGUAUGGCUAUGCUGGAAAACUGAAAUGGCUGGAAAGGCUUGCCUAUAUAAACACCAUUGUUUACCCUUUCACGUCCAUUCCUUUACUCGCCUAUUGUACAAUUCCAGCUGUUUGUCUCCUGACAGGAAAAUUCAUCAUCCCAACUCUAAGCAACCUUACAAGUGUAUGGUUCCUGGCACUUUUCCUUUCCAUCAUAGCAACCAGUGUUCUCGAACUUCGAUGGAGCGGAGUUAGCAUCCAAGACUGGUGGCGCAAUGAACAGUUCUGGGUGAUCGGUGGUGUCUCGGCACAUCUUUUUGCUGUCUUCCAAGGCCUGCUCAAAGUCCUUGCUGGAGUUGACACCAACUUCACUGUAACAGCAAAAGCCGCUGAAGAUGCCGAGUUUGGAGAGCUUUACCUCUUCAAAUGGACCACCCUCCUAAUCCCACCAACAACUCUAAUAAUAUUGAACAUGGUGGGAGUUGUUGCCGGGGUUUCUGAUGCAAUUAAUAAUGGUUACGGUUCAUGGGGUCCCUUAUUUGGCAAGCUAUUCUUCGCCUUCUGGGUCAUUGUUCACCUCUAUCCUUUCCUCAAAGGUUUGAUGGGAAGGCAAAACAGGACUCCAACCAUUGUUGUGUUGUGGUCUAUACUUCUUGCAUCAAUUUUCUCACUGGUCUGGGUUCGGAUCGAUCCUUUCUUGCCCAAGCAAACAGGUCCAGUCCUCAAACAAUGUGGAGUGGAGUGCUGACCAUGCCAACUCCUCAUUAUUAUCACCAUUCAUUGUUUUGAGUCCCCAAAUCUCCAAGGUUUUGUUGGUAUUGCAAGCAAGGAUGUCAUUGAUGACCAGCGGCAAGUAAGAUGUCAAUUAGGAACAAAUUGACCACUCAUUACAUACAUUGUACAACUUGAUACCUAUUCAAAACUUCAUUGUUAUAGCAGAGAAAGUUUGUUAUGCUAUAAGCUAUAUAUACUAGGCUUGUUAUCUCAGCUUUAAUCCACAAUAAACAGAUAAAGCUUCAUGAUGA